UCCUCCCAAACUCUACAAAAAAGCACAGGAAAAAAUGGCUGAAAUGAGCCUAUUCAUCUUCCAUUAGCUUCUUCUUCAACCAAAAAAGGAAAAAAAUGAAGUAAAUGAAAACCCCAAACAUCCCUCUUCUUCACAGAAGAAGAAGAUGGCAUUUUUGUUAGAUUCUUUGUAUUGUAAAGAUGAGACCUUUCAAGUGUUUGAAGUAAAACCCAAAUCAGUUUCUUUGUUAAAUCAAGAUUUGAUAUGGGAAAAAGAGGAAUUAGAGUCUUUGUUGUCUAAAGAAGAAGAAAAUCAAAUGUAUAAUGUUGUGAUAAACAACCCAUUUUUGUCUGUAUUUAGAAAAGAAGCAAUUGAAUGGAUUCUUGAAGGUGUUGAUUAUCAUAAUUUCUCUGCUCAAACUGCAAUUCUUGCUGUAAACUACCUUGAUAGGUUUCUUUUUAGCUUACAGUCACAAAGUGAGAAGCAGCCAUGGAUGAACCAACUUGCUGCUGUGACUUGUCUUUCUUUAGCUGCAAAAAUUGAAGAGACCCAAGUGCCUUUACUUCUAGAUCUUCAAGUGGAGGAAUCAAGAUACUUGUUUGAGCCAAAAACAAUUCAGAGAAUGGAGAUAUUGGUACUUUCUACACUCAAGUGGAAGAUGAAUCCAGUAACCCCAUUUUCAUUUCUUGAUUAUUUCUCAAGAAGGCUAGGAUUAAAUGACCACAUUUGCUUUGAACUUCUGAGGAGAUGUGAGAGGGUGCUUUUGUCCACAAUUACUGAUUGUAGAUUUAUGUGUUAUCUUCCUUCUGCUAUGGCUGCUGCUACAAUGUUACAUGUUAUUGAUAAGCUAGAGCCUUGCAUUGGACAAGAAUAUCAAGAACAACUUUUGGGUAUUCUCGGAGUAGUCAAGGACAAUGUGACAGAUUGUUAUAAGCUAGUCCAGGAGGUGGCUUCCAACAUUGAUUUCAACUCAAACAAACGCAAAUUUGGUGCAUUGCCAGGAAGUCCCAUAGGAGUUAUGGAUGUUUCAUUCAGCUCAGAUAGCUCCAAUGACUCGUGGGCGGUGGCUGCAUCUGUUUCUUCUUCUCCCGAGCCAUCAUCAAAGAAGACCAGAACACACGAGAAGGAAAAAUGAUGUUGCAUCUUGCACGAGAUGAUAAAGAGAGAGCUUUUUUCCCUUACAUGGCGAGACUCGACUCUCGAGUAGACAAUGCAGCUACCAGUACCCUUUAAAAUCAAUCAAUGGAUUCUCAAAAUUUGUCUAUGAAUUAGUUGCUGCCUUUUUAUUAGGAGAAAAUCAUAAUGUUUAUGAACAGAGUUGAAAAUAAUUUCAUGUCAAAUUCUUCUUUGUA